CCAACCUACAGCAACCGGACGGGACUUUUAUUUCCGUGGGAGGGCGAGAGACUACUGAACAGUGCACAGAGACUGUCAGGCAGAGCAGGCUUGUGGACGGACUAUUCUUAGUGCUGGGGACCGUCUGGUGGUGAGUCCUCAUUGCCUGGGGCCAGAGUUCAAAGGUCACGGGUGACAGCAACAAGGAGCAGGAUGAGCCGCGUGUCCGUGUGUGCUGUUCUCCUCCUGUUGGGGAUGUCCUGGAGCUCUGCACAAGAUGACUUGGAGUGGACCACCUGGUUUAACGUGGAUCACCCUGGCGGUCGCGGGGACUACGAGCAGCUGGACGCGAUACGGUUCUACUACCGCUCCCGCGUGUGCGACAGGCCCCAGGCGGUGGAGGCUCGCACCACCAACUGGAUCCCGGCCGGCCGCACCGGGGAGAGGGUCCACGUGGACCCGGCCAUCGGGUUCUGGUGCGCCAACAACGAGCAGCCCGCUGGACGCAACUGCUCCAACUACGCCGUCCGCUUCUUGUGUCCCAGAGAUAACUCAGCCGUGGUGAAGGGAGCCUGGGGUCCCUGGACCGGCUGGACAGAGUGCCCAGCGAAGUGCGGUCAGGUCGCCGUGCAGAUGCGCUCCAGAACUUGCAAUUCCAAGCCUAACCAGAGGGGGCAGCAGUGCAACGGGCCAACGGUGGAGGGGAGGCAGUGCAGAGGACCAGAGUGCCCAGGUUGCCACCUGCAAUGCACCGUGGGUCGGGUCAACGUGGAGUGUGACGCCUGCAUGUGUGAGGCCCACACAGUGUUGGGGUCCGUGCGGAGCGCUGGGGGUCUCCCCGCCCCGGGGGCGGCCAUCCUACGCUCAGGCCCGAGCCCCAAACUCCUGACGCUGUCCGACCAUAACGGGCACUUCCGCAUCCCGGGGUUGUGCCCCGACGGAAACUCCUCCUUCACUGUGCAGCUGCUGGGCCACGCGCCCUAUGAGGUCAUCGUGCCGCAGAGCAACGAGCGCACGUCUGUUCUGCACGUGAAGCUGGAGCGAGCCAAGAAACCAUACAUAGUGAAGAACCCAGAGCCCAAGGCCCGCAGAGAGGGACAGACCACAGCGUUCUGCUGCAAAGUGAGCGGAGAACCGGAACCCACCGAGUUCCAGUGGUUCCACAAUGGCAGUCUGCUGGACAGGAGCACACUACACUAUGAUAGCACCCUGGUCCUGAGGAACCUACGCAUGAGCCAGGCCGGAGAGUACUACUGCAGGGCAAGCAGCCCCGCUGGAGCGGUCAAGUCCAAACCAGCCACUCUCACUGUCAUAGGUCAAGACGAGGCUUCCUGCAACCCGAAACCAGAACCCCACCUGAUCCGCCUCCCACACGACUGCUACCAGAAUCAGACCAACUCGUUCUACUACGAAGUGGGCCGAUGCCCGGUCUCCACUUGCGUGGGCCAGCUGGACAACGGCAUCAGGUGCAAGGACUCUGUGUCAUACUGCUGUGGAGUCGCCAAGAUGGAGGAGAGACAGAUCAACUGCCAGGGAUACCAGCUCCCCACUAUGGUGAUUACCGGGUGCGGCUGCAAAAAGUGUGUUGACACCAAGGCCAUCGUCCGCGGGCGAGCCGUAGCCGCUGACACCGGGGAGCCAAUGAGGUUCGGCCACAUCUUCAUGAAUGGGGUCAGGAUCAGUCGAACGGGCUACAAAGGCACCUUUUCCAUCCAGGUGCCCCCAGACACAGAGAGGCUAGUGCUCACUUUUGUGGACAACAUGCAGAAGUUCGUCAACACCACCAAGGUGCUGCCGUUCAACAGCAAAGGCGGAGCCGUGUACCACGAGAUCAAGCUGCUCAGGAAGAAGGCUCCCGUCACGCUGCGCUCCACCGUCCCAAACACCCUCCAGCUCGGGGAGGUGGCAGACCAGGAUCCUAUCGCCUCAAUUGAGGUUCCACCCAACUCCUUCUUCCGCGAGAACGGAGAAGUGUACAUGGGCAAUGUUCAGGCCAGCGUGACUUUCCUGGAUCCCAGGGACGUGUCGACGGCCGCCGCUGCCCAGAGCGACCUCAACUUCGUGGGAAACGAGGGUGACACGCUGCCCCUCAGGACCUACGGGAUGUUCUCUGUGGACUUCCGGGACGAAGAGGCCGGCGAGCCACUCAACGCUGGCGAGGUGAAGGUCAAACUGGACGCCGCACAAGUCACGAUGCCUGAACACCUGAACACCAUGAUGCUCUGGUCCCUGAACCCCGAGACGGGCCUGUGGGAGGAGGAAGGUCACCUCAAGAUGGAGAAAAAACGCCGCGGCAAGCGAGAGGAGAGGACGUUCCUCAUCGGCAACAUGGAGAUCCGGGAGAGGAGGCUGUUCAACCUAGACGUCCCGGAGAACCGCAGGUGCUACGUGAAGGUUAGGGUGUUCCGCAGCGAGCGCUUCAUGCCCAGUGAACAGGUGGAAGGAGUCGUCACCACUCUCAUCAACAUGGAACCAACGCCGGGGUACUCCUCGAACCCCCGGGCUUGGGGUCGCUUCGACAGCGUCAUUACGGGGCCCAAUGGAGCAUGUCUACCUGCAUUUUGCGACGACCAGAAAGCGGACGCCUACACCGCCUAUGUCAUGGCCAACCUGGGGGGAGAAGAGCUGGAGGCUGUGGCAUCCUCCCCCAAGCUGAACCCUAACGCCAUUGGUGUUCCUCAGCCCUACCUGGGGAAGCUGGACUACAAGAGGACCGAUCACGAGGACGAACGUGUGAAGAAGACUGCCUUCAGCAUCAACCUGGCCAAGCCCAGCCCCAACGCAGCCGAGGAAGCUAACGGACCCAUCUACACGUUUGAGAACCUUAAAGAGUGUGAAGAGGCUCCUUUCAACGCUCCUCACUUCCGUUUCUUCAGGGUGGAAGGCGAUCGCUACGACUACAACACGGUGCCGUUCAACGAGGAUGACCCCAUGAGCUGGACGGAGGACUAUCUGAGCUGGUGGCCGAAGCCGAUGGAAUACCGUGCAUGCUACAUCAAGGUCAGGGUCAACUCCCCCCACGAAAUUAACGUGCGGUCCCGAAACAUGGGCGGUACACACCCUCGCACUGUGGGCCAACUAUACGGUAUCCGGGACACCCGGAGCAUCCGAGACAUGGACCAGGCGGCUGUCUCUGCUGUCUGUCUUGAGUUCAAAUGCAGUGGGAUGCUCUAUGACCAGGAUCGUGUGGACCGGACCCUGGUCAAGGUCAUUCCCCAAGGAAGCUGCAAACGUGACAGCGUGACCCCAAUGCUGCAGGAGUACCUGGUCAACCACUUGCCUCUAGCCGUCAACAACGACACCAAUGAGUUUACCAUGCUGGCGCCACUUGACCCGCUGGGCCACAACUACGGCAUCUACACGGUGACUGACCAGGACCCGCGCACCGCCAAAGAGAUUGCCCUGGGGCGCUGCUUCGACGGCACCUCGGACGGAACCUCUCGGGUGAUGAAGAGUAACGAGGGCGUGGCGCUGACCUUCACCUGCGGCGACCGCGAGGUGACCAGGACCAGUGUGUUUCAGCAGCUGCAGAACGCCCAGGGGGGGCAAGGUGCCCAGACCGUGGUGACGGCAGGGCGACAGCCACAGGGGCAACGGGGUAACAGAAGGCAGAGGGGAGGGACAUCAGGAAAUCUGAGAGGCAACCGUAGGCGGAGCACUCGGAACCCUGUCAAAAACACACGUGUCUGACGUCUUAACCCCACACACGAUAUGCACACACACACACAGCAGCAAUGUCUUUGGUAAAUACAUUUUCUUGGUGAUAAUAGAAGGGUGGAGGUGGUAAUGUUUUAAUUUUGUAAUCAUGUCAGGAGUUGACUGGCACACCGUUAUUUUUUUGUUUUCUCUUCUAUUCUGGAAGGUGAAUAGUACCCUUAUACCAAAUCAUAUUUUACUCAGAUUAUUCUUGCCCAGGGAUGUGUUGGGACGCCGUUUAUGUUGAAUUAUGCAUUUUCCUCUUGUACUGUGAUAACUAAUAUUUAGUACUUGAAACUGUAAAUAUUGGUAUAUUUAUUACACUUCAUAUGAACCCAGACAGAUAAAAAUAAAAACAACCAAAAAAGUA